UUUCAUAGUUACAUUUGCUUUCAUAGGAUGUGUUUUAGCUUAUCAGCUUUGGAUAGCAAAGUUCAUGCUUUGUGGCCAGCCAGAAGUGCAUCCGGAAGUGAGAAAGGAGGAGAAAUGAACUGCAGCAUAACAAACAUAGAACCAGCGAUGGUGUGGUAGCGGACAGCUGUGUUUUGGAUAAGCAAGUAGCCAAAGAGGCCACCUGGCUCUGUUUUGAUUCCAGCUGCUUGCAGUUUUGGUGCCUGGAUUGAGACCUCUGCAGUGACAGUGAUCGCUAGCCAGCAAGCCCACAUGCACCCUUGGCUCUUCACCAGCAGAGAGGAACUGUGCUGACAUUUGACAACUGGCAGUGACCCUCCAUUGCAUCAGCAUCCCCACAACCACUGGAAAGAAUUGCUGAACUAGAGGCAGAAGCUGACUACAUUACCAUCCCUGCCAGAUGACCACUGACCAGCAAUCCAAAGCAGCACCAAUCAAGAGAGAGAUACGCCCAUCUGCCUCCCAGCCACAGAUGAGGAGAAUGACCUGCCCAUAGCUUCUUAGAGGGGAAUGACUUCUCUCCAUGCUUUUAUUUGUGCCUCCUUAGCCCACCAGCAGGCUCAGCCAUCUCAGUGAGACCCUUCCCUGAUCCCCGCUGGGCAUGUCAGCUUCCAAUGUGUCUCAGACAUGCAAGGAUUACAGCUUCAACCACCACUUCCUCCUGCCUGGCUACAUCCUGAUAUUCAUUACAGGUUUGAUGCUGAAUGUGAUGGCCCUAUGGAUAUUCAUCCGCUACUUGCGCCUGAAGUCUGUAGUGAUGAUCUACAUGUUCAACCUGGCCAUAAGUGACCUCACCUUCACACUCCCUCUGCCACUGCGACUCUACUACUAUUCCAACCAUCACUGGCCCUUUGGUAACACCCUGUGUCAGGUCUCUGGCUCUGUCUUUCAGAUCAAUAUGUAUGGUAGCUGCCUCUUCCUCAUGUGCAUCAACCUGGAUCGCUAUGUUGCCAUUGUCCACCCGCUUCGCUGGCGGCACCUGCGGCGCCCCAAGGUGGCCAAGCUCCUUUGCCUGUUUGUCUGGGUUGUGAUCUUCAUGGGCUCUAUCCCCACUGCCAUAGUCCACAAGCAAAACCACUGUGAGGAACACAACCAGACCACUUAUCUGUGCUUUGAAAGCUUUAGUAACAACAUAUGGCAGCAUAACCUCUUCCCCCUAGUUGUCCUGGCUGAAAUCUUGGGGUUUCUCCUGCCUCUCAGCUCUGUGACAUACUGCUCGAUUCGAAUCUUUCAGGAGCUCUGCCAGGACAGCCAGACGAAGACCCUGAGACAGCAGAAGACUGUCCGUCUCCUUUUUGUCAAUCUGGUCAUCUUUAUCAUCUGCUUUGUGCCUUACAACACUACCCUGGCAGUUUAUGGGAUGAUAAAGGCCCAGGUGAUGAAGGUAGAGGAACAAACAAAGGCCUCCGUGCGCCAAGUGUUAAUUACAACAAUGCUGUUGGCCAGCAUGAACUGCAUGCUGGACCCCCUGAUCUACUACUUUAGUACUGAGGGUUUCCGUAACACCCUUAAGAAACUGCGGAGGGGACAAGCCUGGGACUCAGACAUAGGGACGCUUAAGAAUCAGGUUGUGGAGAAUAAGUCAUCCCGAGUCCAUGCUGUCUCAGAAGUAAAACAAUUCCCCGCUGAAAAGUUUAUCCAUCCCAAUGAAUCUUUGCCACCACUUCCUACUGCAGUAUUUUUGAAUAGCCCUAUUGAGGACUCGGAAAUAUAACCACAGAAAGGUCACACCAUUGCAGGGUCACCCAUUCAAUAAUUACAGCAAGACUGAGGGAAACAGCUCAGGGUAACUUAGCGAACUGUUUGAGGGAGCACAGCAGACUGUAUGUGGGUGAACAUGAUGAUACAAACCUGAAGGAUGAUAGGUUGUUUUGAAUAAACAGAGGUGUCUUGGUGA